UUUUCGUCCUCCCAUUCCUUCCCCCUGCGGCUCCACUCGCACCAACUCCAUCCCCAAGAACAGGACUGGGUCGGCCGCUCCACUCCACUCGAUCCUAUCCAAUUCCAUCGACGCGGUUCUCAGCUCGACAACUCCCCCGCUUUGAUCCGAUCCGAUCGGCCUCAACCAUGGCGGAGAGCGUGCAGCAGCAGCGGCUGGCGACGCCGUCGGCCCCGGCGGAGGACGAGGUCGACGUGGACGCCGACGGCACGACUUUCCGCGACAUCCACCCGUCCCCGGCCCCGCCGCCGCCGCUGCGCCAGCCUUCCUGGGACGCGGCCAGCCAGCGCUCGCUCUCCUCCUACUCGGACGAGCAGUUCAUGGCCACCAUGAGCCGCGAGUUCACCGCCAUGGUGGACGCGGGGGACACCUACUACUCCGCCUCCGCCGGGGGCGCCAGCAACAGCAGCGACCUGCAGCUCGCGCGCAUCGGCGAGCACGAGCCGCCGUCGGCGGAGAGGAACCCGCUGGCCAUCGUGACGACGGAGGAGGAAGACACCACCAGCUGCCCGCCGCCUGCGCCUGCGCCUGCGGCAGCGACGUCGACGGAGGUGGUGGAGGUGCGGCAGGUGAAGAAGGAGGAGGCGGAGGCGAAGGUGGCGGCGUGGCAGGCGGAGGAGGUGGCCAAGGUCAACAACAAGUUCAAGCGGGAGGAGGUCGUCAUCAACGGCUGGGAGACCCAGCAGAUCCAAAAGGCCACCGCCCACCUCAACAAGAUCGAGAGGAAGCUGGAGGAGGAGCGGGCCAAGGCGAUGGAGAAAGCGCAGAACGAAGUGGCCCGGGCGCGGCGGAAGGCGGAGGAGAGGCGGGCGUCGGCGGAAGCGGCGCGCGGGACCAAGACGGCCAAGGUCAUGGAGCUCGCCAACUUCAUGAAGGCCGUCGGCAGGGUGCCCACCAAGCGAUCCUUCUUCUCCUUCUCCUAGCCAUGCCCAUGCAUCCCAGUCUUCUUCUCCAUCAAGAACCAUCAAUUUUCCUUUCCCUUUCCCCCCCUCGAUUUUAUCUAUAUAUGCAUGCCCAAGAUGUGUGUUUACUGAAUCCAUGGAUCGUAAUUGUACAGCGUUUAUAAGGAUACUUUUUCUUUUUCUUUUGCUGGCUUGUACCAUCUUGUAAUCGUAUAUUGGUAUUGUAAGAACAUUUUGAGACUUACUCCGUAGUCAUUAGCAAUGUACCUAUAAUACCUUACUAGUAGCAA